UUUUUUCCAUGUCAGAAGCAACUUGAGAAACUGCAAGUCAUUUCUGGUGUGAGAGAAUUGGCCAUCUGCAAGGACGUUGCCCAAGGGACACCCGGAUGUUUGAUGUUUUACCAUUUUGUGGGAGGCAUCUCUCAAGUCCCCACAUGGAGCUGGCGCUGACAGAGGAAGCGCAUCUGUACUCUUCUUGCCGGAUUUAAACCGGCAACCUUUAGGUCAGCAAUCCAACCUUCAGAUCAGCAAUCCUGCUGGCACAAAGGCUUAACCCAUUACCCCACUGACAAAAUGUUCUGACAAAACAGACCCAGGUAAUUGAACUUCUAUAUGAAUGAUCAAACAGAAGAGUACUCAACCAUCAAGCACUUUUAGGAUAGUUCUUGUUGAGCUAUCUCAGGAAUAUUGAAGUAUCAUUGCAUGUAUACUUAGAAGUAAACUACAUUGAACAUAUGUAGGGCACAUCUAAGUAGCAAUAUGCUUGCAACAGUCUUCAUAUUUAAGGAUAUUUCAAUGAUAAUAGAAGAGUAAUUUUGACUUCCACCCACAAGUACCUGCAAAUAGACAACAAUUAAGAACAGUCUUAAUUUCUGCCCUUACCCCUCUUUAAAAAUAAUUCUAUAUUCCAUGGAUCUGAAUAAUAUAACUAUUUACUUUUCAAAGUAAUAUUCCAUGUUCUGAUCAAAUUGAAUAUCCUCUUGACACUUGGGGUUCCCAAGGCUACACCACCUGCAACGUUGAAAGCAUCUUUACUUCUAGCAUGCAGUGUUUUUAAAGAUGCAAGCAGCAGUGCUUGGGAAAGGACCUCAUAAUUAAUGGGAUCAGAGUAAGCAUGGAUAGGCAAUCUGAUAAUUUUCUUUCCUGCUGUGGGUCAUGAGGAAGUACAUUCUUGUACAGCUAAUAUUUGCUCUGGGCAAAGCUUGGAAAUAAUUUAUCACAAUUUAAUUCAUUCCCUCUAAUUCAUUCUUAACAAAUCCACAACUAAUUUCAAACUUGUUACUUUAAUUAUAAAAUGACAAUGAUAUAAUUUCUUUCCAGUAAUGAUGAUUAGUUCAUGUGGUAUUAAUUGUUUAUUUUUAGAAACUGUUUUUGUGGGAACAUGGUCUUUCUUCUUUCUAUCCUUCUUUCUUUUUAGAAUUCAAUUGUUCCGUUUUUAGUCAUUAUUGUUAUUAUGCUAUUAUUAUUUUUUUUAACAUCAACAAAAUAAAUUUUCUUUUAGCCAAUUAUCAUUAACAAAUUAGUAGUAACAUUACCAUUUCCAGGCUUUAGCUUAGGAGAAGAAGCAUCUCUCUUAUUUCGAUGAAAGAAUCUUUGCAAAGGCAAAAAGUGAUUCUUUAAUUUACAGAAUUUUUUCACACUCUUUAUCUUGAGAUCUAAGGGUGGCAUAUAACAACUGAAAAAAAAAUCCAGGUUCAAACCAUAAAGAAGUUAAGCAAGAUAAAACCAAUGUUAAACAAAGCAACAAUUAAAACCACAUGAAAAGAUACUGUCAUUCUAAAAUCAUGGUAUAAUUCUUCAAAAAUCUUAUCAGUCCCAAAAACAUGGGUCAACUUCCAUGGGUCAAUGCAAAAGGAAUAAUCCCUUUAUCUGAGUUUUUUUUUUCAUGUCAGAAACAACUUGAGAAACUGCAAAUCACUUCUGGUGAGAGAGAAUUGGCUGUCUGCAAGGAUGUUGCCCAGGGGAGGCUUUUCUCAUGUCCCUGCAUGGGAAGCUGGAGCUGACAGAGGGAGCUCAUCUGUGCUCUCCCCAGAUUUGAACCAGCCACCUUCAAGUCAGCAACCCAACUUUCUGGUUAGCAGCCCUGCCGGCACAAGGGUUUAACUCAUUGCACCACUGGGGGCUCCUUUCUCUGAAUAGAGCGGUGAAAGGCAACAACUUAGCCCAGAUCUGCACAACCUGCCCGUAGUAAGGGGUCGAAAUUAGAUAGGCAAAUCCUCUUGGAGCUGCAAAUAGGUAUUUAGUACCUCUCUUUCCAAGUAAGAUAUAAUCUAUGAUUCAUUAGGAUUGCUGUUGUUUUGUGCCUUCAAAUCGUUUUAGACUUAGGAAAACCCUAUGGUAUCACAGAGUUUUCUUGUCAAGAUUUAUUCAAAUGGGAUUUUCCUUUGACUUCUUCUGAAGCUGACAGAGUGUGAUUUGCCUAAAGUCACCCAGUGAGUUCAGAGCCAUAGUCUCAGGUUCAAACCACUACACCACAUUUUCUGAAUUUGGAAUCCCUUCCCUCUUUUUUUCCUCUCUCCCUCCCUUUCUUUCUUUCUUUCUUUCUUUUUCUUUCUACCCUCCCCCUCCCAUCCCCUCUUUUCCCUUCCUUCCUCCCUCCCUCCCUCCAUUUCCCUUUCCUCCUAUUAGCCUUCUACAAGCCCCCUCCCCAUCUCCAAUGAUAGGAUGAGAAAGCCCCCAAGAUGGAUAGGAAGGGCAACCCCUCCAGACCCCCAAGAUCUUCUCCCCUGUGAGAGAAGAGCGGUAUAUACAUUAAAUUAUUAAUUAAUUAAUUAAAUAAGAUGGCUAGGAAGAAGAAAAAAACCACCAAAAGGCAGACGGCAGCAGUGGGAGGGGCAUGCAAAUGGUGGCAGGUGGAGGUGGGGUCACAGAAACAGGUUCCAUCAUAUAUUGUGCAGACCUUGCUUAUGUUUAGUCCAUUCUGGGAGAACAUCAGAAAAGCAUCAGUCUCCUCUACUUUCUCUACCAUGGUGCUGCUUCUUUUCUUUUAGAAUGCCUGGUUAGGAAAUCUGCAGCAUCCUAGGGUGGCUGACCUCUGAGGCAGAUCUUCAUGAAAUUACCCUCAUCCAUGAGGCGAAGCAAAAUCCAUAAUUUUGGCCCCAAAAGCUAUCCUUAACGUAUAAAUAAGUUAAACUUAUAUGUGAAUAUAUAUACCAUAUAUACUCAACUAUAAGCCAAGUUUUUCAGCCCUUUUUCAAGCUGAAAAGACUCCCCUCAUCUUAUACUUGGAUGAAGGUCUUGAUGAGAAGGUGUGGAGCUGAAAAAAAAAAGCUCUUUCCCCACACCUUCCAGCGAGGACCCUCACCUCUUCUCCUCCUUUGCCCCCUGGGUGCCUUUCCAUCCUCUAAGCCUCAAGGGGAGCGAGGCUGCAGACAACCCCCACUGCCGCUGUGGAAGGUGCAUGCAGGGUGAGGGAUGAAGAGAGCAAGGCCACGAACAAACCCCCGCCGCCUCUGUGCCUCUGUAUGUGUAUCUCAGUCCCUGUCACUCUGUCUCUCAUCUCUUUCUGUUUGUGGUUCACCUACACAUUCACGUGUCUUUUUCUCUCUGUGCGUUUUCUUUAUUCGGGGGUGUCCCCUUGUAUGCCUCUGUGUGUGUGAAUGCAUCAAUGUGCUUGUGAGUCUCUCUCUUUGUGUCCUCUGUGUCUGAGGAAGGGACGUGCGAUGCGAGAGAGAAGGAAGGAAAGGUGCGUACCUUUCCCUCCUCCCACACCUCACACACACCGUUCCUGCUGUUGCCAAGGCAGGUGCACACGGGGUGAGGGAAAGGCACGUGCCUUUCCCUCCUUCUCUCUCACCCCACGCAUGCCUUUCCCACCUCCUCCUUCACCCGGUGCACGCCUUCCUUAGAAAUGAAGGAAGGAUGGCCCAAGGGGUCUCUUCCAACCCUUGGUUUUUGUUUAUAUAGGCAUUGUAUGUUUGCCCGUGACUAUGUUGGAAGCUGCCCUGAAUUCCCAUGGUGUCGCACCUCAGAAUAGUUCACCUUGCUAUUGACACCAAGUCACACACAGAAGGUAGUCUUUUGUAAUGUAUUGAGCAAAAGCAAAUAUAUAAAUCAAAGCAGGCAGAUAUAAAGUUCCCAAAAUUGUUGUAAAAGAGUCAGUAAAAUCCAAUAGUUCAUAAGCAAAACAAGAGUCAGUAAAUCCAAUAAUCCAUAGGCAAAAGCAAGAGUCAGUAAAUCCAAAAGAACAAAGGCCCAAAGAUCCAAGAACAGGAGAAUCUCUAAGGCCGGGAAGCAUGGACAUCCACUCAGAUGAAGCGAGAAUUUGCUUUGACAAAGAUCUGUCUCAAAACAUAUAGUUUUAAAAGCAACCCAAAAAUGCAUAUCUUUUCCCUUCAGAUGCCUCUCGCUUUCCAGCCAAUCUCAAACUACGACGAGGCUGAGACAUUCCUUUCCAUUGCAAGCGAUCUGCUCUAGAUAGUGAUGGUGCUCCUUCAAGGCCGGCCACCUCAUUAUCUCACACCUGAACUGGGGCCUGAGACAUCUCCGGCUCAUUUCCCAUGGGAAUGUCAUCCUGGCUGUUAUCUAUGACUCAAUGACUAUGGCUGAUUCAAAAGUUCAUCCUCAAGCUGCAUUUCUUGAGCCUCUGAAUCAGCCUGUAUAAUUCCCAUCCCCAUGCCAUCAUCCUGAAAUUCAUCCUGCAUCCCAUCAUCUGGCUCUUGCAUCUGAAACCCAGAAUCCCCUUCUUCAUCCUCACUCUGGCUCUACAGGCUAUGCUGUUGCUGAGUCACAACACAUGGGGAGAUAGGGAAGGAUACAAAUAAAUUAUUAUUAUUAUUAUUAUUAUUAUUAUUAUUAUUAUAUUAUAAAGUUAUUGUUGAUAUCAUAUUGUUUUUGUUAACCCUCCUUUUCCACUUACAGAGCUAGUUUACUGUUUUUCUUUGAAAUAUGGUAAAUAUUCAAAAACAUUUAGCCUACUGAUGCCUCAAUUCAUGUAAUUUUAUUGGUAUUUAUUUUUAUAUAUUUGAAAUAUACCGGUAGCUGCUGCAUGUCCCACCCUUGGCUUAUACUCAAGUCAAUACAUUUUCCCAGUUUUUUGUGGUAAAAUUAGGUGCCUCAGCUUAUAUUCGGGUCAGCUUAUACUCAAGUAUAUACAGUAUAUUGGCUUUAAUCAAAAGCCAUGUUUUGUCUUAGCACUGGAAAGAAACCAAUGUUGGUACCAAUUAGAAUUUAAAGGAAAAGGCUUCCACAAUUGGGGUGCCACAGCUAAGAAAGGUCCCUCUCAUGUCUGUCCAUAUUGUUUUCAUCCUACUUAUUGGAACCCUUAUGGCAAACCUUAAUUCUUGAGCAUGGAUAUACAGAGAUCAGCACUAUUUCUGAGCUCUUUGGGACUUUAAAUAUAUGUCUUGCUAAAUUAUUUUGCUUAAUGUUCAUGUGAAGUGAAAUUAUAUCUCUUUUUGUGGUGAAUGGCAUGGAUAUGACACUAUGUAAAUAUAACUAGGAAUUUCACUGAAAAUAAACUAUGGGUCAUUUGCGAACAUUGGAUUGGACCAAAGGGCUUUCUAUUCUAGUAGUCUCUUUGCGAAGUGGCCAACCAGUUGCCUACAGGAAGCCAACAAGCAGUAUGUGAGUGCAACGGUGCCGCUUAUUUCUCCCAGCAGCCAACAUACAGAAGCAUACACCCUCUGGUACUGGAGGACAUAUAAAUGUAUCAUGUCAUGUCUAAUAGCCACUGAAAGCCCCAUCAGCUCUGAAUUUAUUGAAUCCCUACUUAAAGUCAUCCAAGUUGACAGUCAUCAUUAUUUGUGGAAGUGAAUUUUGUAGUUUAAUUAUGUACUGAAGUGGUACAUUUUAUUUGUCCUGAAUUUCCCAGAUAUAUCUGUGAAUAACAUCCGUUGGUUUGUUAUCAAAGAAGGAGCUAUUUUUUUCUCCACAUUAAUACACUUCUAUCAAGUUUUCAUUGUGUCAUUUUUUUGAAGCUAAGUAGUCCCAAAACUUGUAACCUUUACUCACAGGAGUAUUGCUUCCAUCCCUUCAGCAUUUUACUUGCCCUUUCUGCCACAUUGCAGCUCUACAAUAUCUUUUUUUCAGGUGGAGUAACCAGAACAGUUCCUAGUAUAGCUGCAUAAGGGCAGUGACAUUUUUAAGUUUCUUCUCUUUUUAUGACCUAAAUGUUGGCUUAAAAAUGAUUUGGAAACUGAAGGUGACACUGGAGUGCAAUGGGAACCUACUUAUUAUAGAAUCAUAGAAAUAUAGAGUUAGAAGAGCCUGAAAAACUCCAUUUUGACUACAGCUGACAUCUCCCCAUGGCUAUAUUGUUUGCUGAGCUCUGUCAUUUAUGUUUUGCUAUAAAUAAGGUAAUUGCAAUAUUAAACGCCCAUGGCUUACAAUCAGAGGACAUGGCUAAAUGCAAUGCUAGAUGCUGAGGACAUCGUUGUCAGAUCAUAUCUCCCUGUACAAAUCUGUCUGAACUUUGAGAUCUUCAGAAAAGUCUCUUCUCUUAGGUCCUUAUCUCAUAGCCACCCCUCCAGUUCUGGUGGUGAAACGGCAGGUACCCGGGGCAACUGGUGCCCCACACACCACUCCAGUAUAGUGAUGCUUCUCCCAUCACACGAGGGAAGUGUUGCCCAAUUGGGGCAAAAUUGUGCUGGCUCCAUGUGAGACAGUACAACACGGGAGACUCCUAAGAUGCUUCCAUUCCGAUUGGGGGGAGGGGCCUCUUCCAGAACUUGAGGGACAUCAUGUAAUGGCCAUUUGUUCUUCAACUGGCUGGCAAGCAUCCUAAGAUGCUUACAUUGGUAAGUGUGGUGAGGUCCCAAGUCCCACAACCAUCACAAGCUCAGUUGCUGGCAACGUGAGAAAGGGCCUUCUUGAUGGUUGUCCCUUGUCAAAAUGGCCCCCUCCUUGCUAUUCCACUGGUUGCAGGUUAAAUGUUUUUUAUUCAGAAAAUAAUUUAAAAAUAAGGUUCAUAAGAGUGAGCAGGGGAUUAUGUAACAGACUUGAAUAUUUUAACAGUUCUUAAAUGUUUUAAGAAAUUUUGACUGGUUUGUUUGAUUCUACUUUAAUAUUUAUAUGUGGUUAAUUUUGAAUUGAAAAUUUCUAAAGUGUUGUUAGUGAAAAUGUUGUUACUGUAACGAGAGUAACAAAAUUUCAUUAAUUUUUCGUUAUAGUAAUUGUGCAAGUGAGGAAAUUUUAGGGACUCCUUUCUCCCUCCAUUUUACAGCUAUUGGGAUGAAACUUGCUACAACGGUAGAACACAUUUACCACUGUUAGCCUAUCAAGAUUCAGAACGUUUCACUUAUCCAUGGAGUUUUGGGGAAUUUUCAAAGUCUUUAUGAACAACAUUUUUUUUAAAAAAAAAACAAAACACUAGAGCUAUCUUCUUGAAUUUCUGUACAAUGACACCACAUAACAGGAGAUAAUUACCCCAACUUUCAGAAAUAUUCAUACAUCCACUGAUUUUAGGGUGGUUGUUGUUUUUUUUAAAAAAAAAAGUUUUGAUAAAAAGCUUUUUAAAAAGCCACAACAGCUGUCUCAUUGAAUGUCUUUCAUAUUAACCAAUAGAACUUUCAUUAAGCCCAGCACAGAAAUUUACUUACUAGAAAUAUCCUUCAGCCCUCCUUUCUGCUAGAUUCAGCAAUUUAUUAGGCCUCUGGCUGGCUGCUGCUACAGAGGAACAAAUCUUUCUGCUUUCUGAUGCUGAGCAGAAUUCUGGGAAAUGUAAUUUAAGGCAGGGUCUUUUGAAUUCUCUGGUAUAAGACUCCUUGCCUUCCCAAACUACAUUUCCCAGAAUUCUGUGCUUUCUCAGUCUCUUUCCCAGUGAACUCUGCUUUCUCCCUGCUGCUUCCCUCUCGUAAUGGUGGGAGGCUAUUAAUUUAAAGAGGAAAGGCAGGUUUUUUUAGUUUUGCUUAGCUUCCUUACAAACUGAGUUUGUGAAGCUACCAAGAUUUACAAAAUUCAAACAAAAAGUAUUGGGUAAGUUUUGUUUUUUUAAAUUUUUGGUGUGGGCCAUGCCCACACAUUAAAUUGUCACAUCAUAAGUACGAAUUUAACAAAUUUGAUACAACUUACUAUGACUAAUGAAACAAUUUCACACCCCUACUAACUACAUUCUAUGCUGGUCACAUACAGCAUAGAUAAGGAUUACCACAAAUGCAUUAGAUAAUGCUCUAAUGCACUUUGUCAUUGUCUGCAUAAUACUGAGGUUUGGAAUAAUUUUUAUCCAUUUCAACCAGUGCUGUGAGUACAUUGAUCUGAGAGCAAUUCUGAGUUCUGGUUGCUCCUUUGUCCAAAGGUUUUGUUUGUUGUCUGUUUGCCUUCUUACUUAGUUUCACAAGUCAUCUUAGCUUUGUGUCCCAUUUGGGACACUAUAGGGCUGAUUAUUUGAAUCCUCCCUAACAAGACCACAAGGGCCAUCCAGACAAACCCCCUGCCAUGCAGGAGCACAUAAUCAAAACAUUCUCAACAGAUGGCCAGUCACUCUGUACUUAAAAAUCUCCAAAGAAGGAAGCUCUAUCAAACUCCAAGGUGGCAUAUUGCACUGUUGAACAGAUCUCAUCUUCAAGAAGUUCUUCCUAAUGUUUAGGUGGAAUCACUUUUCAUUUAGUUUGAAGCUUGACUAUGUAAGCUGUGCUGUAUAGGACAACCACCCACUAACAUCUGGGGGUCUGUAUGAUUCACAUACUAGAUGUAUGAUCUCCACCAAAGCAAGACCUUUUAUUGCUGGUUUUUCAUACCAGAUAGGACUUUAUAGGCAUAACUCCCUUUUCAAAUGAUUUGCUGAUCACAUGGACAUUGACAUGGGGCCACUGAAGCCUGAGGACAAAUUACUCCUAUACUAGAAACAUUCAUCAAGACACCUGAUUAGACACAUAACAGAAGGCACAUCUAUAGUAACACUAUAAUGCAUCUUGGAAAUGGUUUGGGAGGAAGCAGGUUUGGUGUGUGGGUGAAUAGACUGAAAGGCCUGGAACUGGUUUGAUACAGGAAGGUGAUUAAAAUCUUUCUUCAAAUCACUCUUAACCCCCCCCCCCCCCACAAUUCCUAUUUUCUGGAAGAGAUGCACAGCAGCACAACAGAGCACUGGUUCUCAACUUGGGGUCCCCAGAUGUUUUUGACAUUCAACUUGCAGAAAUCCUAACAUCUGGUAAACUGCCUGGGAUUUCUGGGAGUUCUAGGCCAAAAAUAUCUCGGUACCCCACGUUGAGAACCACUGCUACAGAGGCAUAGGAAAACAAAAAGGGAAAGUUACAGUUAGGAGUGGAGGGAAACAUUUACUCCUCCCAGGGGUUCAAUUAGCAAUAUCUAAUGCAUAUGUGGUAAUUCUUAUCUCUCCUAUAUGUGACCAGUACAGAAUGUAGUUAGUAGGGGUGUGCAAUUUUUUUGUUAGUCAUAGUAAGCAUUGUACAAGCCUAAUACUGAUGCUUGCAAUAAACUUUAUCUAUCUCAACCAAUGCUGUGAGUACAUUGAUGUGAGAGCAGUUCUGAGGCUUGGCUGUUCCUUUUGCCAAAGAUUUUGUUAGUUGUCUGUUUGCCUUCUUGCUUAGUUGCCCCUGCUUCCCAGCCAUGGGUUUGGGGUUAUAUUGGGAUCUACCUCAAUCCAUUAAAUAGUUAAACUUGGACUUUCCUGCAGUUGACUUCAGUGUGCUCUCUACUAGAGAUGUACAUGAAAAUUUUCCUUCAUUUCCUUUGUGCUAUCAUUUCAUUUCGGCCGUUCAGCUACACAAAACGAAUGACAACAUUUUCGUAGGAAACGAGAGGUGAGAUGAACAUAAAAGCCACACAGUCAUUGUGCUUUAGAUUUCCUUUCAUUUCAACCUCGUAACAAUAAGCAAGUACUGACAGAGGGCUGCUUUCCCAUUGCAGCUGAUGUGUACCAAUGGGUGUUAAUAAUAAUAUAAAUAUAAAUAAUGAUAAUUAUUCCGGGACUCUAAGCUGAGUCUGAGAGAGGCGUGCUUCCCCAUUACAUCUGAUGUGUGCCAAUGGGUCUUAAUAAUUAUAUAUAUAUAUAUAUAUAUAUAUAUAUAUAUAUAUAUAGAUAGAUAGAUAGAUAGAUAGAUAGAGAGAGAGAGAGAAAGAGAGGGAGAGAGUGAGUUUGGUUUAUUCAACAUAAAUAGGCAGGCUGAAUGUCGAAUAACCAGAACUGAUGGAUAAUAGGGAGGCCCUAUUAUCCCUCCCGGCAAUCCGGUUUAGGGAAGUGCCCGUGAGUGCUGCUGCCUAGCAACGCUCACGAGCGCUUCCCAAAAGGGGAGUGCUUGCCGAGGGAUAGGGCUUGUCCCUACGAUGAGCACUCAGCUCAGGGAAGUGCCCAUGAGCGCUAAUGCCUAGCAACGCUCAUGGGCACUUCCCAAGGGCACUUCCCAAAUUUUCCACAAUGAACAUUUGUGUCAUAUAGGUGGCCUAUUUUUGUUAGCAGAAACCAAAUACAAAAAUGAGAUGGUGCAAAUGAAACUACACAAAACGAACAGCAAUUCCAUACAAAAGCACAACACUACUCUCUGCCCCUUAAUCUGCAGCACAUAUUGGCAUCAUGAACUUUGUGGUGCCACAAUUUCAAAUAGACUUGGAACCACAUUAAAUGGUCAGUGUAGAUGAGACCAGAAUGAGAACACUCUGGCCUAUAGACUAUAGACUGCAGAGUCUGAGGGCAAAAUUCGGGUUAUAUAUGAUGCAGUGCAGUGUUAAAUACUAGUGGUAGAUAUUAACUUGGGAACUGCAGGGGAUGGAGGUACAGAGAGAAUCAAUUAAAGGAUUCAGCCCUGAGGAGAGAGCCAACAGAUAAAUGGUUUCAUAAGAAUUUUCAUGCAUUAAAGAACACAGAGCAUAAUAUACCAGGAAAAUCACUAGGGAAUCCAAUCCACCGCUUCUAGUCCCCUAGCAACAAAUAACACUCAGUGCUUGGGGAACUCUUAAAAGCUUUGAGAAAUUGUUUUAUUGUACAAGUGUGUGCACUUGUUUUAUGCACUUGAUAUAUGUAAGUAUUUUAACAUAAAUAGAACUUUUGUCCUUGGGAAAAGAUGAGGGAGCCUAAGGAAAACAGUCUCUGUGAUGCAAGCAUUUGUUCUCUUUAACUCCUUUCCAUUACUAAAGUGUAAUAGUUAUUCUUAUUUUGGAUGUAAGAUCACUAAACUUGCCUAAAAAAAUAAACCCUCAACAUAUACUCAAUAAUGUAAACCAGUGCCAUUUAGAAAAUUCGGUAUGCUGAAUUUAUAUGCCAAAUUGUCUUGAGUUUUCCAAUCACUGUCAUGGCAGUUGCAGAACAAGAUGUGGGCAGAGGUUUUGGUCAAUGGCAACAUAAGUUAAAUUAACAUGACAGGAUGUCAACGAGGAUCAUCAGAAAACACCAAAGCUUGUGCACUGAGGCCUUUUCACAACUAUUCCAGUUUCUCCGAAAAAUUAAAGUUAGGUCAGACUGUUUGAGUAUCCUCCACCCUUUCAACUGAUCAGUCUUUCUUAUGGGGAAACUACAUCACAACAGAUUCUCAAUCAUAGGGAGAGUUUCCAUCUAUACAGCAGAUGUCUCUGCCACAUCUCCAAUAUGUAACCAGUAAAGGAUGGGUGUGAUGGUAGGGUAGUGAUGGUCCUAGGCAACUUGAACCAUAUCUCUUCUUAGUCUCUUUUUGUGUCUGUUGUUUAGAGAUGUAAAUUUUCAGUAAUGUCAUUCUUGGAGGAAUGAAGUAAUAAUGCAUUCAAUUUUUCCUGUGAAAAUGUCUGAAACUGUACAAUCUUUUAAAAAUGUAUUCACAGUUCAGGUCUUUGUUGUAGUUGUUGUGAGACUUCAAGUUGUUUCCAACAUACAUCAAUCCAACCAUGGAAUUUUCUGGGGCUGAGAAUAUGUGACAUACCCAAGAGUCCUCCAGUGAUUUUCCAUAGCUGUGCGGGGAAUCAUGCCUGGUCUCCAGUCAUAGCCCAGUGCUCAAACUGUGCAAGGCCAUUCACUAUUAUUCUGAGAUAUAUAUAUAAAAAGAGAGGAUUACAGUAGACUAUAACAUUUUCAGCACAGGAAAGUUAUUUUCUCCCUAGAGAAUCAUGCUUUCUAGGCAGAAAACAUGCUUGUCCAGAAAAGAUUCCUGCUCAGAAUCUAAUUUUUGCAUGCUUUUCUGUAUUGUUCAGAGCAAGGCCAGAGCGAUGAAGAACUUUUCUUUGGGAUUUCCCUGACAAUUACACCCUCCUCCUCCUCCCACUUCUUCUUCUUGCUUGUAUUUGAUCAAAUCGUUCUCUCAUCCUUGUGCUAAUGCCUAAAAAGAGCUUUUCUUUUUGUAUAAUUCCAAUACUUCCCUUCAUUAUGCUACUUCUUAGUGGCAAAGCUUUAGCUAAAUAUUCAAAGGCAAAAAAUCCAAUGUAGCCAGAGAAUAACAAUUCCACUGAUAUGUAGACUGACAAAGAAGUAUUUCCAGGAAAAAAAAAACUAGAUCGCAUCUGGGUUCCCUCUGCAUUGUUACUGAGGGCAUUACCUUACAAUCAGAAGAGGAAAGCAAAAGAAAUCAUGCCAUUUAGGUAGCUGCCAAUGCAGACAUGCCAACAGCACAUACUAAAAGCAGAAUCACACACCUGGGUUCCCUCUGCAUUCCCUGCUGGGACUGAAAGGCAUAAGGAGAGUAACUUUCAGGCAGCUGCCAGAUAGUGAUGCCUAAGGCCAACUCUUUCUUUUGGGAAUAGGCAGUUUUCACAAAGAGAAGAAAAUCAAAGAAAUGAUUAGGUUUUUUUUUAAUUCAUAGGAAUUAAAUAAAUGGAAUAAAUAAAGCCUAUGUCUGCAAAAUGUUGUAUGGACAAUGAUGUAGAUAUACUUCAAAUAAUGCCAAGAGCAACAUGGUCACGAGAUAAAGAUUAUAAUAUAUCAGGAAAUAAACAUACCCAUGGCAAUAUUUGGAAUCUGUACAGGUGGGAGUGCAACAACACCUAAACAUUAUAUUUAGAAAGGUUGUCAGCUGUCUUAAAAAUCAAAUAAAAAUCAAGUAAAAAUAAAUUUUAUUAAUCUAUCAACUAGGCUUGAAUGCCCCUGUUCUUGCCUAGUACCUGUUCAAACAGAGGGGCCCUUUCAUGAUGCAUAGAUAGAGCAGUUUGAUAUCACUCUAACUGCCAUGGUUAUAUCCUAGUGAAUCCUGGGAUUUGUAGUUUUGGGAUGGGUGUUUAAGUUCUCAGCUAGAGAGCUCAAGCAUUUUGCCAAACUACCGAGCCCAGAAUUUCAGAGGAUGCAGCCAUGCCAGUUAAAAUGGAGCCAGAAUGCUCUCUCUCUCUCUCUCUCUCUCUCUCUCUCUCUCUCUCUCUAUAUAUAUAUAUAUAUAUAUAUAUAUAUAUAUAUAUAUAUACACAGGCCUGUAGCGAGGGGGUGGUUUUAGGGGUUCAACCCCCCCCCCCGAAUUUUUUUUAUAAAAAAAACCUGGUUUACUCAUGAAUUUUAACUGGUUAACCAAAUCCCCAUGCUAAGUCUAUGAGACACAAAACAUUAAGAGUCCCUCCAGGCACUAUCUCAAGCAGAUAUUGACAGGUUUGUAGCGGGGAGGGGUGUGUGCUAGGGGUUAAACACCCCCCCCCCCCGAAAUUUUCAAAACCCCGCCCGAAUUUUUUUUCUGGCUACGGCCAUAUAUAUAUAUAUAUAUAUAUAUAUAUAUAUAUAUAUAUAUAUAUUCGUGUGAACAGACCUUACUGUGAUCCCAUAAUUCUUUGGAUCACAUUCUUGACAGUACUGAAAGCAGGGCUGAUGGGAGCGUCUUUCAAUAGGAAUUAAAAUCAAUUACAAAAUUUCUUUCCUUUAUCUGAUUUGUCAUCAAUCCACUCUUUAUGAUCCUGUGCUGUUCUUUUCCAUUUCUGGCUGAAUAGAUUAAAUUUGGAUAAUAUUUUAACUUUUUUUAGCAAUUACAUUUUGCGGCAAUGAUGUUCGGGUUCCUACCGCUUGUGACCCUAUAGCCACUUGUCCUUCUAUCAGUUCUGGGGCUAAAUCCCAACUGCUGGUGGAUGAGAAAUGAUAGAGCUAUGUCUUCCUGGAUGCACCCUCUUCACUACAAAGUGGGCACUCCUAAAAGCCUCAGUGGGGUACAAUUUCUCUACUAUUAUUCUGAUGACUUCUGGUUUGGCAGAAAAAGAAGGUGUAUGCAACCUAUAGGGAUAUGGGAAAUGAUGGAAAAUGGAGAGAGAGAAGUGCACCCUGCAAUAUAAAUGAAUAAAAUUUAAUGAUUAUAAUACAUCUUUUAGAAUACAGUGUUCCCUCGCUACUUUGUGGUUUGUUUAUCGCAAACUCACUCUUUCGCAGGGAAUUCAUAGAAUCAUAGAAUAGUAGAGUUGGAAGAGACCUCAUGUCUCCUCUCAGCCUUCUCUUCUGCAGGCUAAAAAUGCCCAGUUCUUUAAGCCACUCCUCAUAGGGCUUGUUCUCCAGACCCUUGAUCAUUUUAGUCGUCCUCCUCUGGAUGCUUUCCAGCUUGUCAACAUCUCCCUUCAAUUGCGGUGCCCAGAAUUGGACACAGUAUUCCAGGUGUGGUCUGACCAAGGCAGAAUAGAGGGGUAGCAUGACUUCCCUGGAUCUAGAUGCUAAACCCCUAUUUAUGCAGGCCAGAAUCCCAUUGGCUUUUUUAGCAGCCGCAUCACAUUGUAGGCUCAUGUUUAACUUGUUGUCCAUGAGGACUCCAAAAUCUUUUUCACACGUACUGCUGUUGAGCCAGGCGUCCCACAUUCUGUAUCUUUGCAUUCCAUUUUUUUCUGCCGAAGUGGAGUAUUUUGCAAUUGUCCCUGUUGAAUUUCAUUUUGUUAGUUUUGGCCCAUCUCUCUAGUCUGUCAAGAUCGUUUUGAAUUCUGCUUCUGUCUUCUGGAGUAUUGGCUAUUCCUCCCAGUUUUGUGUCGUCUGCAAACUUGAUGAUCACGCCUUCUAACCCUUCGUCUAAGUCAUUAAUAGAGAUGUUGAACAGAACUGGGCCCAGGAUGGAACCCUGUGGCACUCCACUUGUGACUUCUUUCCAAGAUGAAGACAUUGGUGAGCACCCUUUGGGUUCGUUCGCUUAACCAAUUACAGAUCCACCUAACCGUAGUUUUGUCUAGCCCACAUUUUACUCGUUUGUUUGCCAUCUUUUUCCCCUUCUUGAAGAUAGGGACCACAUUCACCCUCCUCCAAUCUGCUGGGACUUCUCCUGUUCUCCAAGAACUCUCGAAGAUAAAUGCCAGUGGUUCUGAAAUAACCUCAGCUAGCUCCUUCAAUACUCUUAGAUGUAGCUGAUCUGGCCCUGGGGACUUGAAUUCAUUUACAGAGGCCAGGUGUUCCUGGACAACUUGUUUCCCUAUUUGGGGUUGGAUUUCCCCUAAUCCUUCAUGCACUCCAUGUUGCUGAGGUUGAAGAUGGCUUUCUUUUUGUGAGAAGACCGAGGCAAAAAAGGCAUUAAGUAGUUCUGCCUUGUCACCUUGUCCCUAAGUAGUUCUGUCCCUUGUCACCAUCACCCCAUCUUCUCCUCGCAGAGGCCCUAUCGCCUCCUCAUUGAAUUAAUUAAUUAUUUAUUUAUUUGCCCCAUUGCUGCUUCUCCUCAGGGCUGCCCCCUUGCUUUGUGCCUGGUGUGUUCCUCUGGCUGCCUCUGCUCCUGCAGCCAUGGAAGAAGGAACACUACUCCGCUCGGUCAGUGAGUGAGCGAGCAAGGAAGGGUGUGUGUGUGUGAGAGAGAGAGUAAGGGUGGGCGGCAGAAGCCUGGAAGAGAUGGCCAGGCCGACACCACUCCAGCCAGGCCAUGCUAGAAACAUAUAACUGAUUCUUCAUAGGAAUCAGUCUCUCUCUCCCAGCCCCGUCCCCCUCAUUCUCUGCCAUGCUUCUCUCUCCAGACACACUCUCCUUCCAUUCUCCAUAGGAAUCAGCCUCUCUCUCAGACCCGCCCCCUCCUCACUCUCUGCCAUGCCUCUCGCAACCACCCUCGCUCACUCGCUCACUGACUGAGCGGAGUGGUGUUCUUUCUUCCCUGGCUGUAGGUGCAGAGGCAGCCAGAGGAACAUGCCAGGCACGAAGCAAGGGGGCAGCCCUGAGGAGAAGUAGCAAUGGGGUAACUAAUUAAAUAUUAAAUAUUGCAUCCCUACUUUGUGGAUUUUCACUUAUCAUGGGUGGUCUUAGAAUGUAACCCCCGCGAUAAGUGAGGGAACACUCUACUGCUUGUAACAGAUUCAGCAUCAGUAUAUAGUUCUGUUAAACAAAUAGGUUCAAGUACAUUUUUAGGAUCCGACUCUGGGGGAGAUGUUGUUAGAGUUCCAACCAUCUUAAUUUCUCCACAAUAUUUCUGAUGAUGAUCAUACUCUUAACAAUUGUGGCUGGGGAAUUGUGCUGAGGAGCAGCAUGUUCAGUCCUCAGGCUUGUCCAUCCAUUUUGUUUACCUCUGCUACUACCAACUGUGGUAAUAUUGCCCUUCAAUUUUUUGUAAAGGCAUAAGUAAUCUUUUAAGUUUUUUUUAAAAGGCGAUGGAUUGGGUAGGACAUUGCUUAUGCUUUGAGUAUUCCUGUCACCCAGCUGCCUACGUCACUCCUCUCUGUCAAGGAAGGGGGGGCAUGGGCAAUCUGGUGCCCCAUGCCUCAUAUCAAUCAGAUGCAAUCAGAGGGCAAUCAGAUGGGGGAAGUGUGAGCAUAUGUGGUGCUUGUGGCUUCCCCCCAUGGAUUUUAUGGUAACAUGAAAGCCCUCCCAUGUUGCCCUACAUCUUCUGAUGGGAGCCAGCUGGUUCUGUGGACGACCUGGGCUAAAAUUGGCAUAUACCACCAAUUUUAACCCUUUCUGAUGAGGUUGCAAAGAUGCUCUCAAAAGCACUAACACUUUAUUUAUAUAGAAAGACAGUAGAAACCUAACACUAGAUGAUAAUUAUAUGCAAGCAAGCUAUGCCAACUGAUAACAAGAAACAGGAAGAAUUCACCUCCAAGAUAUUCUCUGAAAAUCCAAAUAUUUGAAAAGUAACGUUUGAAGUAACGAAUUAGUACAAGGAAUUAAGUGAGGUAAAGUAUUAGCAUUAAGGACAAUGACUUAACCUCCCAGUUUCAAAUUUAACAAAUUGAUUUUUAAAUUUAACAUUCCAAUCUUCCUUUUUUCUCUGUAAAUAGCACUAGAAAUUAUCUCUGGAAAAUAAUAAUGAGCUAGUGCAGAUUCUAGAAUGCUGAUACUCUAUUAUUCCAUUGUUUUGAUAGAAUCCUUCCAAACAGGGUGGAAAAAACAUGACCUUGACCUAGCUAUGACAUCUUUUCAUGAAUAAAUCCAGCUAAUCUCCAAUUCGAACUUUCUGACAAUUUCAUGGUGCCAACUUAGAUUACAGGAUGAGUGCAUCAUCUUAUUUUUUUUCUGGAACUCUGCUUAGCAAUCAUUUCAUAUUUCCAGCCUGACAAAUUUCCUAGCGUCUUAAAUGCAUAAGGAGUACAGCAGUGUAGCUUCCCUCUUGCUUUCAGUAGUUCAUCUUGUCUGAGGUUUCCAAGCUGAUGUCGAGAAAUUACUGUGAUCAGGCAACAGCUGGCAUCCAGAAGGUCCUUCUGACCUGUAUCAGCUUUCCUGAUGAAGCCAGUCUUAAAUACAUAAGUUUAUCACUUCACAGAUGUUUCCCUUUUAAAUGCCAGAAACCUUUAAUCAAAUGACUGAGAGCACUUAUUUAAAUGGAUUAUUUCAAGAAAAGGAAAUAAGUAUGCAAAUGUCUCAUCCAAGGAGAUAUUUGUCUUUCUAGGCUUUGAGAAUAGAUGUCAUGAAAAUUGUGGACAGGUGGAACAUAAUGAUUGUGUUAAAAGGCUUGAGAAUUUCCUCAAAGACAGAAUUCAAGAACUCAUAGUAGAUUACCAACUUGGUCAGAUGUGCUGCAGGUUUGAAGUCAUUGCUGCAUAGUCCAAAUUUAGCAUGUAGUUGCCAAUUUAUUGUUCCCAUAUUAUGGUGUCCACUGGGUGUCCUUUUUAAUCCCAAGCAAUCUGCUUUUUUAUAGUCUGUACAAGUUAUGUAAAAUUCCAGAUCAAAUCUCUAAAGUUCCAUAUUUCAAAAGGAUGCUGUGAGACAGGUGGGCUAAGUGGGAAUUCCACUAUAGCUGCUAUCUUUUUCUACUAAAGCAUAGCACAUCUCACAAUGCAUUCUGAAAAUUCUCCCUUUCUCCCCCUCUUGCUCUAUUGUUUCUUGAACAAGAGAACAUAGCAAACACUGACAACAGACUUCCAGAGAAAUGCACCAGAUAAUUAAUGAAUGGAAGAGAAGAACCAUGGUAACAUUAGCACAGUUACAUGACUUUCACUAGCAAUGACAGUGUCCUACUCACUCUUUUGAGGCAACUGCAUGCUCUCUUAGUAGGAGGGUGUAGCAGUGAUGAAUCUAUUGCAGGUUUCAGUUUGAUUCUAAGUGCUGAAUAUAAUAGGGGAAUAGGGUCCAUCCCUCGGAUAGUUCCAUAAGGUUCAUAAUGAAAUCUGAAAUAUAUUUACUACUGAGUGUAUAAAUAUGCUGAAACAGAAGAUGUGAGCUAACAUUGCCUGAGGCUCAUACUUUCAGACAAUUGGACUCUGAUUCAGCAUUAGAUUAGUGUGGAAGAGGGGAAAGAGAGAAAUGUACUUGUACAUAUAUAUUUGUCUAGAGUCUGUUUGUAUGCCACAUAGUGUGAAAAAGAGGGAAAAUUGUCUGACAAUGAAAGGAGAGACAAAAAACACCUGGCUGGGAUCAAUGGAGUCAAAGGUGUAACAGUAUGAAGGGAAAUUUAUGGAAGUGCAAGAGGAGACUAGAAAACAGAAAGAGGAGAUAGCCAACUUAAAACAACAUUUAGAAAGAGCAAACCAAAAACUCCUAAACAAGAUUGCUGACCAGGAAGAUCGGUCACGAAGGGCAAAUAUACGCCUGAGAACAGCCGGGCAGGACUUUCAGAUGAGUGACAAUUUAAAACAAAAUAUUGUCAGUUGGCUACAGACUUUGACCCAAAUUAUACCAGAUGAUAUAGAAAGAGUGCACUGGGCUUACAGAGGUAGAAAAAUACCCAGAGACAUUUUGAUCUGAUUUACAAGGGAGGCAACGAAGGAAAAGGUGUAUAAUCAGCUUCAGAAAAUAAAAGACCUUACCUUGGCAGGUAAAAAGGUUUGGCCUCUCCUGGAUCUAUCAUCAGAGAUAUUGGAUAAAAGAGCACAGAUUAAGGAAAUUACAAGAGUCCUGGAGGGGAAGAACCAGCGCUAUACUUGGGCUUUUCCAGCUAUUCGGAUCGUCUAUAAAAAUGGUAAAGAGCAAAAAAGGGAAAGGGAAAAUAAAAUUAAACAAUGGCUUGGACAAGGAAAUUGGUUACAGAUAAGAGCAAUCUGUGCAUAUUGCAAAAUAAAAGAAAAUAUCAAUAUGGUUAAGAGGGAAGAUACUGCCUUUGAAAAGAUAAUAAGAGAAAAAGGGGAAGGAAAAAAGACACAAGCCAGCAAAAUAUAUAUAAAAUGCUAAUAGAGGCUGAUGGAUGUAUAAUACGGGAUUUGAAAAGUAUGUUGGAAACGGAGUUACAAAUCACGGAACAAGAGAUGAGAAAUGUAGUAGAGACAAUAGGGAUGAAAGGGAAUACCAAAGUACGAGAAAUGAGGAAGAAAAUAUUGCACAAAUGGUAUCGUACACCCUGCCAAUUAGCAUACUACUAUAAAAAGGGGAGUAGUCAGUGCUGGCAUGCAUGUCAUCAGAAAGGGCGGUAUAUGCACAUGAUGUGGGAAUGUGAAUAUGUAGAAUAUUUUUGGCAGACUAUACAAAAUGAGUCAAAUCAAAUACUAGGAAAUGAGUGGGUCAUAACAAAGGAAAUAGCAGUAUUAGGGAAAAGAGAGGAAACUGGAAGUAAAAGGGAAAUAAAAGAAGCAAUAAUUGAAUGUGCAGAAGCAGUAAUAGUAUUAGGGUGAAAAGAUAAAUCAAAAUGGACAGUAAAUAAAUAAUACCAAUAUAUGGUGGAGCAAAUGGAAUUUGAAUUUAUGAAUGUGAAAUUAAAUGUUUUAAAAACUAAUGAAAAUAGAAUGAGAGAAAUGGAAGAAAGAUGGACAAGGGUAAAGAACUAUAUCAUGAAUCAAUCUGGAGAUCAAGCCAUAAGAAAUAAGAUACAAAUGUUAUAUAGUAUAUAGGAUGGAAAUGUAUAAAGAUAAAGAUAUAAAGAUUGUCUCAAAAAGAAAUGAAUAUGUAAAAGAAAACAAUCCUCCUGUUGGUGGUGGGAAUUGUAAAUGUUUUGUAUGUGUAUGGUAUGUAUUUUUUGUGUUUUCAAAAAUAAAAAUUUGUUUUUAUAAAAGGUAAAGGUUUUCCCCUGACCUUAAGUCUCGUCGUGUCCGACUCUGGGGAUUGGUGCUGAUCUCCAUUUCUAAGCCAAAGAGCCGGCAUUGUCCAUAGAUACCUCCAAGGUCAUGUGGCUAGCAUGACUGCAUAGAGCGCUGUUACCUUCCUGCCGGUGCGUUACCUAUAGAUCUACUCACAUUUGCAUGUUUUCGAACUGCUAGGUUGGCAGAAACUGGGGAGUUCAUCAAGUUCAUCAAGUUCAUCAAGUUCAUCAGCUCACCGUGGGCUCCUGUUGUAUAUAUUACAGUCGUUAUAUUUUUCAACUUCCAUUCAUAAUUAGUUUGUUAUUUCUUCAUGUUUUUCUGAUGGUCUCAUUAAGAUUGUGUGACUCUAACUGUAGUAUUAGCUAUAGCACCACCCAUAGAUACCAAAAUCAAUGCUUGCUCAAGUUUCAUUAUAUACAAUGCCAUAGUAAAUUGGUGUCCAUUAUAUAAAUGACAAAGUCAAGGUUUGUUUUUUGGAAUUUUUCUGUAAUAUUGUUAAGCCAUGGAUGGUGAAAUAUGUGGAUACUAGGUAUGUCCAAAAAUCGUUUUGAAUCUUAUAUCAGAUUUAUAUUGGAUUGUUCUCGCUUUUUGAAACUCAUUCCGAGAUGCAACCGACAAUGUAAUUUGAAUCAUUGUUGGCCCAUUCUCUAAUUGUCUCUUAAUGUUUCGUUAAUUUUUUCCCAAUUUUUUAAAAUAUUUUUUUUUUAAAAAAUUAAAAUUUGUUUCUGCAACCUACCUUGAAUGGGAGCUUAGUGCAGCCUAACAUGGCUGCUGCUCCCCGGCCAAUCAGAAGCUUCCACGGUGGACGCAAAGGUGGGGGCUAGGGUCCUCUGCGUCCACGUGGAAGAUUGCCAUAAAAGCCCGUAGUGUAGCCCGGGUGAGCCAUUCUGGGCUGGGUUUUGCACAGAGAGGGUGGUUGUCUGCAAACAGAGAGCAAGCAAGCCUCUUGUCUUGAGGGAGAGAGAGGGUGAAGGGGCCCGGUCUGGCUGUUCCCACAGAGGGGUUUGGAGAAAGGGUUAGGCUUUUGUUGCUGGUUCCUUCUCUUGUGAGUGUGUUAAUUUUGGGUAGCGCUCAGCUAUUUAGAGCUGUGAAUUCCAGGGUUAUUUUUUUCCAUAUUAUUAAAAAAAAUAUCUAGCUUUCAAUUUUGUUAAGAAUAGUUCUUUCUGGAUCAUAGCAUUAUACCUUUGCAGAAUCAGUAGUCUAUUUCAUGAAGAAGGCAUUGCCUUUCAGGCUUGUGGGAUCACAUAGCCAGAGACACCAUUGAUUUCCAGAGUUCUUGCUUACAAAUAUAGCAAGGGAAUUUAUAGUUUUCAAAGUAUCUGUACACUCCUUGCCAGGGCAUUGGCCAGCUUGCUCACAGGUACAUUACCAAAGGAAGGCAAGGCAUUGCCUUUGAGGCUUGUGGGAUCACAUAGCAAGACACACCAUUGAUUUCCAGUGUCCUUCUUGCUUACAAAUAUAGCAAGGGAAUUUCUAGUUUUCAAAGUUUCUUUGCACACCUUGCCAGAGCAUUGGCCAGGUUGGUCACUGGUACAUUAACAAAGGAAGGCAUUGAGUUUGGGGCUUGUGGAAGCACAUAGCAAGACAUAGCAUUGAAUUCCAGUGUCAAGUUCCUUUGCACACAGUUCCUGAGCAUUGCUUGGCUUGGCCACAGAUACAUUUCCUAAUGAAGGCAUUGGGUUUGGGGCUUCUGGGAGCGCAUAGCAAGACAUAGCAUUGAUUUCCAGUAUCCUUUUUCCUUAAAAAUAUAACAAAGGGGAUUUCUAGUUUUCAAAGUUACUUUGCACACCGUGCUGGAGCAUUGCCUGGCUUGGUCACAGGUACAUUUCCAAAGGAAGGCAUUGAGUUUGGGGCUUGUAGGAGCACAUAGCAAACAGCAUUGAAUUCCAGUGUCCUUUUUCCUAAAAAAUAUUACAAAGGGAAUCUCCAGUUUCCAAAGUUCCUUUGCACACAGUGCCUGAGCAUUGCCUGGUUUGGUCACAGGUACAUUUCUUAAUGAAGGCAUUGAGUUUGGGGCUUCUGGGAACGCAUAGCAAGAGAUACCAUUGAUUUCCAGUGUCUUUUUCCUUAAAAAUAUUACAAAGGGAAAAUCGGACACAGAAACAAAGUUACACAGGUAGAAGAAGGACUUUCACAUUGAAAAAACACAAUUGAACAGGAAAUAAAACUUUCAAACCAGGAACAGGUUUCUUCAAUUAUUAAAAAAUACUUUAUUAUAAAAGCUAUGAAAAUUCGCCAAAAAUUGGAGGAUACAGGAAACAUUCUGCAACUUGGUGGGCUAGGAGAGUUGAAUGUGUUCCCCCACUAUACCAAAUUUGAUCAGGAUAGAUCAAGAAAUGAGGGCGGGAGAGCCCUGUAAAAGUCCCCCCCGGGUGCUGUUUUUUUUAAUUUAUUUUUUGUUGAUUGCACAUGCACGUUCACCAUUUUAGAAACAUUUAGAAACAUUAUGAAUUUUCGGAAAUAUCCAAAAUUUUUGAGGGGAAAAAUCGGAAAUAGUUUCUAUAUCGAAGCACCGGCGCCUCCUACUUUAGAAACGAGAAUUGAAACAUUUUUUUCAUCAAUCGGACAUGCCUAGUGGAUACAAAAUCCGUGGAUAUUGAGGGCUAACUGUGCUUGGCAUUUGGUUACUGAUAUUUUCUCCUGCCCCCAUUUAGUGCAAAGUUAUUAUAAAGAACCUGACCUUUGUGUAAAUAAGCCUUUCACUCCAGUGACUUGGUAAAUAUCAUUCACACUUCUUCACAGAGAUAGUAACAGAACCCAAGAGGAGCUUGAUUCUUUCAUCUGUUGCUCUGCAGUACUUAAUAUAAAGAAGAUAUCUUGAUGUAGCAGCACAAAAGGAAAACUGAUUGUUUCUCUAGUGGGGCUGCUUUUCAGCACAUUGUCACCUCCGCUUUGUGUUGCUUACAACUUGGCAGAAGAAUGAUGUAUUCAAAUGAGCUGCUAGUGAUUCUCAGUGUGGCUUAAGCGUUCAGUUCAGAUAAGCACCAGAAAAGGUCAGAUGAUUAUCAAAAGCUAAUCCUGCACCUUUGGCUGAGAAAUCCUUAGGGUGAGCCUUUUUGACGUGAAACAAGAAUGCUGCCCAUUCAAGGCUACAUUUUGAAAUUUCCUGUGAGUGGGUUUUCUUUGAGGCAUUUAGUUAUUCUUUUAUAUAUAUCUGUUAUCAGGCUUAUCCAGAUGCUCCAAAAUUAAAAGCAAAGCUUCAUUUCUGUGCUUUCAAAACAAAGCUUUAUUUCCAUGCAUCAUCAACAGGCUUAACCUGUUGGCAUAUAAUUGCUGCAUGGAACUGGAUGUCUGUCACGUGCUUCAUGAAUGAGACUGAAGAGUUUCAUGCUGUUUUGGUCAACUUGAAUGGAGUGUCAAUCAUUUCUCUAAGAAAUAGAUGAUGAAUGUGCAGCCCAUAGGUUCUGCGUAGCUUCAUUAUUUCCCCAACUCCCUCCACAUUGUUGCUGUAGUACUUUUCCUUACUCUACAGAAUUCAGAGGCUAUGUUUACUCAUCCCCCAAUCUGCUCUCAGACUCAGGACACUUUUUUUUUUUCAAAACUAGAAGUGACUUUUGGUUACAUCUGAUUUUGAAGAAAGUAAAGACUGUGUUGUCGAAGGCUUUCAUGGUUGGAAUCACUGGGAAUUUUCUGGGCAAUAUGGUCAUGUUCCAGAAGCAUUCUCUCUUGACGUUUCAGACGUCCAAAGAGACAACCUGCGUGGUUACAGAUUCAAUGACUUGAAUGACGUUAAAACAGCUUUAAAAUUAUGGAUCACAAAGCAAAACUCUGAAUCUUUCCAAAAUGGUUUUGAUGCUGAGUUAAAUGAUGGCACAAAUGUGUACAAAUUGAUGGUGAUUAUGUUGAACGGUAAUUUUGUGGAGAUGAUAGUUCAGUCUAUGAUCUGUAGCAACUUCUGCUGUUAUAUGUUCAUUCAUAAAGUUUUUAUGACACAGGAGGCAAUUUUUUUUGACCUAUUCUCAUAGUACUGAGUGAAUAUAAGUUUAAAAACAGUUAAAAUAUAAUUAAAAUUAUGUUUAACACCCCCCCCCCAAGAAUCCCACCCACAACCUCCCUAGUAUCAUGCCCCCCAUCCUCCUCCAAAUGUCCACUGUAAAGACAGAAAGGUCUUAAACUGCCUUCGGAAGAUAAGCAGGAAUGUGGGGCCAUCCUGGUCUCUCUUGGAUUCUGCUGUCUGGGAACAGCCAUCGAAAAGGCCGUCUUCCUUGUACCCACCAAAUGUGCUUGAGCAGGUGGUGGUAGAAAGAGAAAGCCUAGCAGGUUCGUAGAUGUCUAGCAGGUUCGUAGAUGUCUAGCAGGUUCGUAGAAAGAGAUACAUUUAUCCAGAUAACCUGAACCAAUGCCAUAUAUUUAUAGAAAGACCAGAAAUACUGGUGCGAUGGCUCUAAAGCCAAUUGUGAAGACUCAAGCCAAUUGUAAUGGUGUCAAAGCAAAUUAUAAAUGCUGUUUCCACUGCUGAGAGGAUUUUUUAAUCUUUUAAUCCCUCUAGAUUAUAUAUAUAUAUAUCACUUUUAUAUGAGGGGAAGGAUUACAGGGGGUGAUCUUUAUUUCAAGAUCCCAGCCUCUGUCUCUGUAGUUAGGGAUUUCUGUGUUGUUGUUCCCUUUCUGAGGUAACUGUGACUAUUACUCUUCCCCAAUUAGGUGAUUUAUUAAGGUAACUGCCACCAACGUGAGGCUUUUGAACUAUCACCAAUGAAAUUUGGCUCCACAGACUCAGAUGAGAUUAGAUGAGUCAGUUGUUAACAAAGAACAACAACUUUAUUGCGUACAAAGCUUAUGGUUGACUGAUUUACUUAUGGAACUUUAGAUAAACAAGUGGUUUAAUAACUCUUAUAACCACCACAACAGUAGUCUCUGGUGUACUUCCACUCUCACUCUCCUACUGAUGAUAUAAAUUGUAGCAAACUCUAACCUCAGCUGAGCUCCUUAGUGAACAAUGUCCCAACUACAAUAAAAACCUUUAAUUUGAUCUACUACCGAUCUAAUUCCUGAUCACUAGUCCUUCCCAACUAAAGAUCUUGACUAGGUUCCCUUUAGUCUGCCUUGACUAAAGAUUUUUGGCCAGGCCUGUCUCCUCAGCCCUUCUUGACUGAAAAGCCCCCAGCUACGCACUCCUGGCUUCUUUUAAAAACUACAAUUUUUUUCUUUUCAUGGCUCCGCCCACUUCUCCCUCUGGUGAGCUAGCCAGCUCCAUCUCCUUGGUAACAGCACUACUGUGGAUUGAAACAAGAUGGCUUCUGUUUCAGCUACUGUGUCAACUAAACACAAAUACAUACUCUAACAGUUAAAAUUAAACAUAAUAACUAUGACUUCUCCACACUGGUCUACAUUAAAUUCUACAAAUUUCAAUGAGAAAUUCAACAAACACCCCCAAAGUCAAAACAAGGAGAAAUUAAUCAGCUUAUAAUAAAAGUAAUCUGAAACAGUUUAACUUGUAACUUCUUAAAACAAAUAGUAAGUAAGUCAAAUUUUCUGCUAGGAUUCAUCCUCUGUGAAUGCCACGCUCACUGUGUAGUCGUUUUGUCAUCCACUAUAUUUUACAAUGUUCAGUGUAUUGGUUUUAAAUGGUCCACAACUUCACCCCAUAGAGAACAUACUCCAAUGUGGUAACAUUCCCAUAGCAUCAACAUUUCCUUCCAUUUAUGAUUAGGAUCCUACUCUGUGUUUAUUGAUGUUUCAAUUAGAGCAUCAAAGCUUGAGUUUGGCUGUUUGCAGAACUAGAAUGUGCAGAAAAGUUUCAUCUUCCUCCUCGUAUUCCUCCAUAAUAUCCCAUCAUUAGACAUUCAUUGGUACAAAAAUAAGACAAUAAAAACACACACCCAUGACAAAAGCAUCCAGUGUAAUAAAAAAGAGUUUGAGGAAAGGAAGGGACUAAUGCUAAAGGGACUACAUAUAUUAUUUUAGGAUUUACCCUACCCUUCUUUGCCAGUUUUUUUCUUUGCCUGUCUAUGGCCUUCAUAGAAUAUGAUGUUGAUAUUGCUACUAAAGACCUAGUAAAAUUCUGGUAUUAUAGUUAACCAGAGACAUUUCAGUGCCCUCUCUCUUUCCCACGCAAUACCCAAAAAUCUACCUUGUAGUUUAAUUUCCUCUCCAGAAGUAUUAGACUUUGGCAAAGCUCAGCUUCCCCUACCAGGAAUAUUCUGGUUAACCUGGAAUAUGUGAACUUCUCAAUGUAAGAUUACAAGUUACUUUGAACUACCACACCACCCAUGGAUGUACUCUGUUUUCCCUGGGCCCAUCAUAUUGGCCUUUGGAUUUGCCACAGAUUGUGGUGAAUCCAGUGGGGCCUGGCAUUGGGGGGGGGACUUGUGCCCCAUGCCCUGCAUCAUCUGACUUCCCCCUUAUCCCAUCCCAUGGGGGAAAGCAUCCACCACCCAGCUUCCCCCAUUGUUGCCAAUGCAACAUGUAAAGCCGCCCAUGUUCCUGUUGUGGUGUCAUAUGAUGCUCCCUCUUCACCUUUACCAUGGAACCCCACCAGAAGUAAUUUGAUGUCUGCCAACUCUGCUUCUGAGUCUGUUCAGGGGCUUCCAGGUUGCCCAUUCUUGGUUUGCCCCUGGAGGAAGAUCCUCAUGGGGGGCAAUUCAGUUGGAAUUGCCUGAUUUUGCUGCCCACAGGGAUAUUCUUGCUGUUGCUGGAGGAAUAGUUACAGGAGUGGCGGUUCUCAUAAAACUUUUCCUUGAUUUAAGCUUACUAGGAGGAGGCUGGUAGCCAUACAGCAGGUGGCUUUCACAGUGUUCAACCUUAUUUCUCUCACAAUUGGCAGUAAUUUCCCACCGCACAUUGGGGGGCGGGGGAGGCAGUGCCAGCUAGCUUAUAGAAUCUAUCAACAGGUGUAGGUUUAAGACAUCCCAUAUUAUUGUACAUGUCUCAUUCAGUGCUAUAUUCAUCUGCUUCACGUGGGCAGACCUAAGCCAAACAGAGCAGGCAUACUCAGCAGUUGAGUAAAACAAGACUGGGGUAAAUGUUCUUAUCAUUUUUGGGUCUUCACCCCAUGCACUAUCAGUAAGUUUCUGCAGGAUGUUAUUGCAAGCAGUUUUUAUGAUGAUAUAGGACUAUUCAGAAAUGAACUGCUAUGAAAAGAAAGAUCAAACUCUAAUUUCUGAUUAGGCCUUGUGUUACCAUCAGAAACAUAGACAUGUACUUCUCUGCACAGUAGAUGUGGUUUUAGAGCCUGAUAUGACUUGGGGGAAAAACAUGGUUAUACAUAACAGUAACCAUAUAAGAGCCUGUGAAUAUAUUGCAUGUUUUUAAUUUGUGUAUAUGUAUGUGCCUUCAUGUUACCUGAUGUUUUAUGGUAGCCCUGUGAAUUUCAUGGUUUUUUAAGGCAAAGCAUAUCCAGAAGUGAUUUUUAUGGUGUCCUUCAAUGUUUCACUGGUGAUAACCAGAGCACAUGUGGCCAAUCAACAUCAGUGUCAGCAAUAUGGAAAAAAAUAUCACUGAGGAAGAAUACACAAAUUGGCAUCAUACAUUUUCAUAAAUACAUAAAUGUCAAAUUAUCACUAAAUUUUGAGUAUCCAUCUGAGAAGUAACAUUCUGGUCAAUAUGCAUAAACAUUCAGACUGAACAAAAUCUUAGCAUAUCUCUGCUUGAAUCAUCUUUCCUCCUGCCAUCCAUCCUGGACACAUACAUAUCCAUUUUGAAUACUAUAUUGUUGAACAACUGGAUGAUAUUCAAAUAUGAGGGACCCUUGAGGGAAAGUGGAGACAAUGACAGAGAAGUAUAGAACUGAAGAAGCAAUCUCCCUCCCUCCCCCUUUUAUUCUGAUAGUUAUCUGAAGAUGAAAGCUUGGUUCACUCAGUGUAUAGAACUCUGCCUCUCAGUGGCAUUCCAGUUAUCUCAUAAAUGUAAUUUCAGGACUGCAGCUGCAAAACAAUUUCUCAUGUUGACUUUCCUCUCCAUUUGAUUUGUUUUAAAUGUAUGAUUUUCUUCCCCCUCUUCUCAAUUUCUUUGUGGAGAUAGAAAAUGCAAACAAUAUGACUGGCACCUGUGCUCAUGUGCGUGUUUGGGGUUCAUGUUUUCCUGCCAAGGAGUUCAGAGAAGAGGCUUGUUUGAUGUCUGUAGACAGAAGAAGAGAUGAUUCAUUCUUUUCAAAUCUUCAUAUUUCAGAAAGAUAUUAUGAGUCUCUGAAAUAUAUUAAUGGAACUUAGGAAAUCAUUUUUUUAAGAUGAGAAAGAAGGCAUAUUUGUUGUAUAGUGAGAAUACAAUUGGCUCUUGAUCUCUGCUGACAUUCACUUUCAGGACCCACCAUAGAUUUAUAAAAUGUAUAGAUCCUCAAGUCCUAUCAUAUACAAUGGUUUACCUUAUAUAAAAUGUUUUAUUUUUUUUAAUUUGGAGGGGAUGGGGAAUUUUUUCAAUCCAUGGAUAGCUGAGUCUGUGGAUACAGAAUCUAUUGGUAUAGAGGGAAAAUUGUAUAUAAUUAUUUCACAUCAUUUCUGUGAUCAUCAUGCAUUCCUUCAUACACUUCUCUUUCUCCCAUACUGUAAACUAUGAGAUAGAUUAGUGCAUGAGAAAAUAGUUGUUUACUUUCAAAGCUUCAUGGCUUAGUGAAAACAUGAGCUUGAGUUUUCCCAGAAUCCUGUUGUAACUCCUUCAUCCUACUAAUUCUUUGCUCUAUUCCCUGUUCGUUUGUCUCUUUGUUACAACUAUUUAUACCCUGCUCUAUGUUCAAGACUCUCAGAGUGGUGUACCAUUAAAUCAAUUUAGAAUAACACAGUAAAUAGCAUAGUUUAAUUUAAAAUGUCUAAAGAUAUAUAAUUUCUCAUUCAGAACCUGGUGACUGAAUUCCAGGUAGAAUAACGCCAUUUAGAAUAAUGCCAACUACAGCACAUGCAUAUUCUCCAAUACUUUACAGCUGAAAACUGGAACAUAUGUGGCCAAGUAACAUCAGAGCAUGGGCAAGAUGGAAAAAUAUAUUAAUGAGGGAUUUGGGAAUGGGUGUAGCAGUGGCUUUUGUCUCCAAGGAGGGGCAAUAUUCUUUUUUCUAUUUUUAAUGGAGCUAAACUCUUUCUCCCCCUGUGAUGCGAAAUGGAGGUGAAAGACGUAAAUACAGCCCUUCUGAACGACUUUGAGGUCUAUCAGCUGUUGAUGGACUUGAAGCAGCAGUGGUGAGAGAUAGGGAAGAGCAAACGUGAGCAACAGAUCCUGAACACUAUCAUGUACAAAACCCUGUAUUGCAUCUCCAAGACCCCCUGCAAGUUCAAGAGCCCCCAAGUGGUGAGCAACUUCCUUGUAGCCCUGAAAAUCCACAAGUUGACCAAGGCAGAGAAGCUGCGGCUCUUCAACCACAGGCCAGUCACUGCCGUCGAGAUCCAACUGAUGGUGGAGGAGAGUGAGGAGCAGCUGAUGGAGGAGCAGAUUGAGGCCCUUCUGCAGACGAUGACCAGCAUCCUCCACAGAGACUUGGCCAAAGAGAAGCCACCGGCCAUCCAAAUUAAGGAAGACACCAAUCAGGCCUGAGAGGGACCAUCCCGGGUUUGGGGAAUCCAUCAUUGGGUCGCUAGGACAAUUGGGGAGGGGGAAUUUCCCACUGUUUUUCAAAUUAUUAUUGUAUAAAUAAAAACGGCUCCCUCUCUUCUCUCCUUUAAAAUUUUUUUGAAAACCUAUCUAUGCACCCUAAUAUAUGGAGAGGAGGAGGACUGGGAUAUCUUAAUAAAAUCUCAUUUAGAAACCAGAAACGUAUCCUGACUCUGUUGGCAGCUAAAACCACUCUAUAUUUUAAUGCAUUUUAGUUCUCCAGAUUCAUUAUGUUGUAAAUGUUUUUGUUGUUAUAUUAUGUUUCUCUAAUUCUAAUUUUAGGUUAGUUUAUAAGUUAUUAAUGUUGUCUUACUUAUUGUUUGAUUUGGCUUGUUUGUGGAAGCUGGAACCUGUCUGUGUGAAUAGACAUCCGUGCCACAUACACACAUACAGAUUUUCACUUUUAUUAUGUGCAUAGAUUUAUGUUUAUUUAUUAUCCCAUUUCAUUAUGAUAAACAUUCAAUGCCAUAAUAAAGCAGAACCGUGCUGAGGAGUCAUCAAGUCACUCUCUCCCAGGUCAUUGCAGGUUGCAGCGAGCACAGACCCAACAUGGCCAAAUGUGUAUACUGAUGGGGUUUGGUGGUGAUUGACCUUGACAUCCAGGAGUUAUAGUUUACCCAUACUCAGAGAACACUGAACCCAUCUGAUGAUGGAUCUGGACCAAAUUUGGCACACAAAUUCAACAUGGCCAACUGGGAACACUGGUGGACUUGGGAGGUGAUUGACCUUUAUCACUGGGAGUUAUAGUUCACCUGUAUUUUGUGAGCCCUCUGAACCCCAGCAAUGACGGAUCUGGAACAAACUUGGCACACAGACCCAACAUGUCCAACUGUACAUAAUGGCAGGCUUUGCAGAUAAUUGACGGCAUCAGAGAGUUAUAGUUCACCUGCAUUCAGAGAACACUGAACCCAGCAAGUGAUGGAUCUGGACCAAAUUUCGCACACAGAACCAACAUGGCCAACUGGGAAUACUGGGGGAGUUUUGGGACUUUUGGGAACUGCAGUUCACCCACAUCCUUAUGCAUUUUCUAAUGGGAGCAUUCAUUAAAAAACAUCAGGAAAGAGGUUUUUUUUUCUAAGAAAUAGCGUAGCAUUUGAACAAACUGAUAUUACCUCACAUCCACAAACAAAAAAGGCCCUUUUCAAAUAACCUGGACAUUGCCAGGUACCCAAGCUAGUAUAUAAAUAAUACACUUGAUCUUAGCCAAAAGGUUGAGAAGCGAGAGAGAGAGAGAGAGAGACUAGUGGAGGGGACUCUUCUGCCCUGGCUCAGUUACCAAGAGAGUGGGUAGAUCUGGGCAUCAUCCUACGUACCCUGUUUCUCUGAAAAUAAGGCAUCCCCGGAAAAUAAGACCUAGUAGAGAUUAUGCUGAAUUGCUAAAUAUAAGGCCUCACCUGAAAAUAAGACCUAGCAAAGUUUUUGUUUAGAAGCAUGCCCACUGAAAAGAACACCAGAGCAUGCAGAAUCGGUAAAUGUAUGUACCAUAGAUCAUUGUACAUGGAAAUAAUGGUAAUAACAAGAAAUUGAUAGGAUUCAGUUUGUCUGGUUAUGCUAGUUUGUGAUGACAACUACUGUACACAGGGCCGGCCGGAGAUAUUUUGUGAUGUAAAGCGGGGGUGCUGAAAAGCGCCC